AACCCUAACCUCUCUCACAUUCCAAUACACUUCUUGUACAUAUCACGAACUUCAGUUUUCGAGAAACACUUUGGCAUAUUUGAAUCUCUUCAGACUUUGUUCAUGGCUUCAAAGCGACCUUUCAAAGUGCUAUUUGUUCUUGGGGUGGUGGCGGUGAUGCUGGCCACCAUUUGCAGAGGCUCUGGUGUGGGCCAUACGUCUUCCAGUGACGAGGUGUUUAAGGUGAAAACAAGGCAACCGCAGGACGAGGCGGCAGAGAAGGAAAGAGAGGGCAGAGAAAGCUCAGACUCAGAGUCAUGGGCAGAGUGGGCCAAGGAGAAAAUCUCUGGAGGACUUGGAUUGAAGCAGGAUGAUGAUGAUGAAAAUAAUAAGAAAGCUUCUGAUGCUGCUUAUGACACUGCCAAGAACACCAAGGACAAGGUUCAAGACACUGCUUCUGGAACUGGUCAAUACACCACAGAGAAGGCCAAAGACAUUAAAGAUACAGCAGCGGAGAAGGCUAGAGAAAUGAAAGAAGCUGCAGCAGAGAAGGCUUUUGAGGUUGAGAAAGCAGCGAAGGAGAAGGCGUAUGAAGCCACAAAAGCAGUAAAGGACAAGGCCUCUGAAGCCACAAAUACAGCAAAGGAGAAGGCUUAUGAGGCUGCAAAGUUAGCGAAAGAUGAGACAUACGAGAACAAGUAUGCGGCUGGGGAAACAGCCCGCAAGGCUGCAGAGAAGGCCAAUGAGGCAAAGCAAAAGGUAGGGCAAACAGAAGAAGAGAUUAAGAACAAGGCUUAUGAGAAGGCAGAGGAGACCAAGGAGGCAGAAGAAAAGGCAAAGCAAAAAGCAGAGGAAGUGAACAAGGAGGCCUAUGAGGAGGCAGAGGAGACCAAAGAAGCAAAGCCAAAAACAGAGGAGGUGAAGAACAAGGCAGCUCAGAAAGCGAAGGAGGGUUAUGAGGCAGCCAAGAAGAAAGCAGAAGAGACUGUGAAGUCUGCCAAGGACACUGUGGCAUCUAAUUUUGAAGCUGCCAAGCAGAAGUCACAGAAGAUUAAAGAGAAUGUGGCUGGUCAAGGCCGUAAUGAGGAGCUCUGAGCUGCUCUGCCUGUAGUUUUCUAUCCACACUUGAUGACCAUUUCUUCUUAUAUAGUUUUGUUGUGAUCAAGUCCCUGAUCUUACAAGUUGGGUUUUGUUGUGUAGAGA